GACUGCUCCGGUCUGGCUCCUCUCUGGGCGCGGGAAGCAGCAGCUUCAAUCCAGCCAGGCAGCCGCGGCAACCUCCACGACCUUAACAAUUCUGACCAGUUCUUCCUCCUUUUUACACCCCGACUAACAUCCUAACAUCCCCAAGUCACGCGAGGGGAAACGGAGAAGUCCAACCCGCUGCCAUGUCCGAGGCUUAUUUCCCGGUGGAGUCGGGUGCGCUGGGGCCUGAGGAGAACUUUCUUUCCCUGGACGACAUCCUGAUGUCUCACGAGAAGCUCCCGGUGCGCACGGAGACCGCCAUACCUCGCCUCGGCGCUUUCUUCCCGGAGCGGAGCGGAGGCGCGGAGACUGACAACACGAUCCCUCAAGGCUCAAAGCUUGAAAUCCCCUUGUGGCUGGCAAAAGGACUUUUUGACAACAGGCGGCGGAUCCUUUCUGUGGAACUUCCCAAGAUCUAUCAAGAGGGCUGGAGGACCGUGUUCAGUGCAGAUGCCAAUGUGGUAGACCUCCAUAAGAUGGGGCCACAUUUCUACGGGUUUGGCUCCCAGCUCUUGCAUUUUGACAGUCCAGAGAACGCAGAUAUUUCCCAAUCUCUCCUACAGACAUUUAUUGGACGUUUUCGCCGCAUCAUGGACUCCUCGCAGAAUGCUUACAAUGAAGACACGUCAGUGCUGGUAGCCAGGCUAGAUGAGAUGGAGAGGGGCUUAUUUCAAACAGGCCAGAAAGGACUGAAUGAUUUUCAGUGCUGGGAGAAGGGGCAGGCUUCUCAGAUCAGAGCUUCUAACCUCGUUCAGAAUUACAAGAAGAGAAAAUUCACUGACAUGGAAGACUGAAGGCCAGAAGAACCGGAACUGCCCUUUGUAGACUGAGGGUGUCCCUGGCCCUGUGAGUCUUCCAGGACUUUCCUGCCCUGUGGACCCCACAGCCCAGGCCUACUUAACCCAAGAACCCAGCUGAAGAGAAAGCCAAGUCCUUCCUAAAUAAGGUCCAUUAGUACAUACAACCACUUACCAUCUCAGUAGAGUUGGAACUGAGAUUCCUUGCAUCUGGGAAUUUGGACAGCCUCAGUUGUCCAGUUUCACUAGCCCCCAGACAGGUAAAAUUGGACAUCUUAGCAUGUUCACAAAAUGUUCUCUUGAACUUCUUUGCCUCAUCUUCCUCAUGGUUGUAGCUAGGACAGUACCCUUGAGAUGCUGGCCUUGUAAAUAUCCCCUGCCACCUGCCUGUGGGGAGUUACCCAACUUCCAGAAACAGUGACCAAGAAUAAGGAAGGAGACGGGAAAGGCAGAUGAAUGGCAUAGCUUCUACUAAGGAGCUGUUGCUUUCGUAUUCUGUAAUGAGCAUUCAUGAACUGGAAUUCACAUCACUCUACAGUCAGCCUAGUAGGGUGGUGGUUAGACUGAGCCUGUUUUUGUCUCUGACAUUUUCAGAGCACACUCACAGUUGGUUAUUGCAUUCCCCCUCUGGAAAGGCUGUCAGGGUGUUGUGUGGGAUUGCAAAGUAGUUAUUAAAGGGUGUUUACCAGCCAUCAUUACUUCUGGAAAUUGGUACUUUAGGUUUGCUGGUUAUGAAGAGCCUUGUUCCAGAAGCUUAAGGGGACAAAUUUAAGAGGGCAAGAGACCUUGGGUUCUCUGCUUCUCUCUGCAGUGAAUUUUGCAACGUUAUUGCAUAGCGGAUCCCUGACCAUUUACUUGGAAUUGGUUAAAGCAAGAAUGAAAUCCUUCCCCUGGAGCUCAAGAAGGAAACCUUGGGCUGAGUAGGAAACAUUUCCUGAGACCGAUGGGACUGUUUGAAGGACAGUUUUGUCCACACCACUAGCCCCCCUCCAGCACCCUACAAGCAGUGGAAAAUGUCUCUGUUGUUGGAAAUGAUAGAGGGAUUUGAGUACCCAGGUAGUACAGAUGUCUGGAUGUAAACUUAGAAUGACAGGAAUGCUUUUAAAUCGCCUGUUUUUAAAUGGAAUGGAUGUUUUUAUAAUUUGGUUUUAGUGCUAAAUAAACGAUCUGCUUUGCUCAUGAAUACAUUCUGUACAAACACUAUUUCUGUAACUCGAGUACUACAGACUAGCAGGCAGAGCUAUCAGAAUUUUGUCUUUGAUCGUAUUUGACAAUAAUGCCCAAAUAAAUCCAUGUUUUAACGA